UUAUAACGCUACGAAAUGAAAAAUACUAAUUUAAGGUGAUCUAAGUUUUUUUUGUCGAGUAAAAAGAUUUAUCGAAAUUUUAGAUAUCGUCGAAGCGUAAUGCCCUGCAGAACCGAAUGUCCAACGAUCGCGUAUACUCAUCCUACUAUGCGGCUCCCCGACACAGCAUUGGCUCGGUAUAAUGUGUAACAGCAACGACCGGGACAUAGUUUGUGCCCCCUUCCACCUGGACGGAGCCACGAUUCCUUCUCGUGUAUAUGCGAACACGCAUACGCACGCACGUGCAAAGGAUACCAGACUUACGUAGACGUUGAACACACACGUGGAAGCCAAUUGGAGAGACUUGGCCAAGUCUUUAUAAGUAGGAGCCAUCCGCGUCCUCAGAACUUACUCCCUCUCGAGAACGUGGCGCGAUCGGCAACCGAUUUCCAGAAUAGUUCCUGAAAACACGUCGACUCGCGUCACUUGCGAGGAUCUUGCGGCUCACGGAGGAUCGCGGAUCGCCUGGGUGAUUGGGAAUCGAAUUUAACCGCGACAUGAGGAUCUAUUCGCGCUGAGGAGUUUUUUUUUCGAUUCUUCGUUUGAGAUCACGCUCAGAUAAGCCAGAUCUGAAACAUGUGGACAGGUCUACGGACACUGGGUGUCCUGGUAAUAUUGAUUUUGGCAACGUUCACGGAGGCUGGUCACCUCAAUUACUUCCAAAAUCAACUUAGACAAAGGAAGAAUGAUUUCACGUGUACGGAAGAAGGAUAUCAUCCCGAUCCUCAUGACUGUAGGAUAUACUACAGAUGCGUCGAUUGGGGUAACGGCAGUCCUUUAACGGUGUUCAAAUUCGAAUGCGGUUCUGAUACAGUAUUUUCGAAGGAUAGUGGCGACAUCUGUACUUAUCCAUAUGACAGUGGAAGGCCAGAGUGUGGAGGAUAUGACAAUGAAAUCGAUUCGAGUCUUCCUGAUUCAUCCUCCCCGCAAUCAUCCUCCACAGAAUCGACAUCAAAGGCAGACGUUGCGACCACACACGCUAGCCUACCACCCACGAGUGUGACUAAGAUUACAACUACAAUCGGACAACCACAAACGUCGUAUCUACCGGUUACGACAAGUCAAUCCACAACAAGUCGACCUCCCGUAACAAGUGGACAUUCGGAGGAUGUUAUCGGCCAGAAUAAAGUUCAAUGCACGCAAGAGGGAUUUCUUGCUGAUCCGAAUGACUGCAGGAAAUUCUACAGAUGCAUCGAUAAUGGUUCCGGGAAGUUUAUAAAAUACGAUUUCACGUGCGGGACUGGCACAGUCUGGGAUCCACAAAUUGAAGGGUGCAAUCAUGCUUGGGCAGUAACACGGGACGAUUGUAGACAAUCCUCAGACACUGGCGCAGGCAAUGGAGAUAACAGUGGACAAUGGAACGGAGAUAAUGAUGGACAAUGGAAUGGAGAUACGGGAAAUAAUGACGGACAAUGGAACGGUGAUACCGGAGAUAAUGGCGGACAAUGGGAUGGAGAUGCAAGCAGUCCUGGACAGCCUGGAGAUCCUAAUGGCCAGCCUGGACAACCCGGAGAUCCUAAUGGUCAACCGGGACAACCUGGAGAUCCUAAUGGUCAACCGGGACAACCUGGAGAUCCUACUGGUCAACCCGGACAACCCGGCGAUCCUAAUGGUCAACCUGGCACACCGGGAAGCCCCGGUACACCUGGCACAGCUGGAACACCAGGUACCCCUGGCUCACCUGGUACUCCUGGAACACCAGGUUCCCCUGGCACACCUGGUACUCCUGGAACACCUGGCACUCCUGGAACGCCUGGCACUCCAGGCACUCCUGGAACGCCUGGCACUCCAGGCACUCCAGGCACUCCUGGUUCACCAGGUACCCCUGGAUCAGCUGGUACCCCUGGCACACCAGGCACUCCAGGCACUCCUGGUUCACCAGGUACCCCUGGAUCAGCUGGUACCCCUGGCACACCAGGCACUCCUGGCACUCCUGGUUCACCAGGUACCCCUGACACAACUGGUACCCCUGGCACACCUGGUACUUCUGGAACACCAGGUUCCCCAGGCACACCUGGUACCCCUGGCACACCUGGCACUCCUGGCACAGCUGGUACUCCUGGAACACCAGGCUCCCCUGGAACACCAGGUUCCCCUGGAACACCGGGUACUCCUGGCUCACCUGGUACCCCUGGCACACCUGGUACUCCUGGAACAUCAGGUUCCCCUGGUACUCCCGGCACACCUGGUACUCCUGGCUCACCCGGUACCUCUGGCACACCUGGUACUCCUGGUUCACCAGGUACCCCCGGCACAACUGGUACUUCUGGCACUCCAGGCAGUCCUGCCACCCCUGGUACACCUGGCACGCCAGGCACACCAGGUACCCCUGGCUCGCCUGGUACUCCCGGCACAUCUGGUACACCUGGCACCCCUAGCACAUCUGGCACUCCUGGUACUCCUGGUUCACCUGGUACCCCUGGCACACCUGGUACUUCUGGUACACCAGGCACUCCUGGUACUUCAGGUAGUCCAGGAACUUCUGGUUCACCAGGUACCCCUGGUACUCCAGGUUCACCUGGUACCCCUGGCACACCUGGAACUUCUGGUACACCAGGCACUCCUGGUACUUCAGGUAGUCCAGGAACUUCUGGUACCUCUGGUACUUCAGGCAGUCCGGGCACCCCUGGUACUCCGGGUAGUCCUGGCACUCCCGGCACACCGGGAACACCUGGUUCUUCCGGUAUUCCUGGCACUCCUGGCACUCCUGGUAGUCCAGGUAGUGCAGGAACUCCCGGUACCGCUGGCUCUCCGGGCAGUCCUGGAACUCCAGGCACGCCUGGAACACCAGGUUCCUCUGGAACUCCCGGUACCCCAGGAAUACCUGGUUCUUCUGGCACUCCUGGAACAACUGGCACUCCUGGUAGUCCAGGUAGUCCAGGAACUCCUGGUACCCCUGGCUCUCCGGGCAGUCCUGGAACUCCAGGCACGUCUGGAACACCAGGUUCUUCUGGAAGUCCCGGUACCCCAGGAAUACCUGGUUCUUCUGGUACUCCUGGCACUCCUGGUAGUCCAGGUAGUCCAGGUAGUCCAGGAACUCCUGGUACUCCUGGCACCCCUGGCUCUCCGGGCAGUCCUGGAACUCCAGGCACGCCUGGAACACCAGGUUCUUCUGGAAGUCCCGGUACCCCAGGAAUACCAGGUUCUUCUGGUACUCCUGGCACUCCCGGCACACCUGGAACGCCUGGCAGUCCGGGUAGCCCAGGAACUUCUGGCACUCCCGGUACUACUGGAACACCCGGUACUGCAGGCACGCCUGGAACGCCUGGUACUUCCGGCACUUCCGAUAGUUCUGACACGUCUAGUACACCAGCACCACCCGAAACUCCCAGUAGUUCUGACAUGCCUGAUACCUCUGUAACUCCUGGCACGCCGAAUACUCCCGGCACCUCCAGCAGUAGUACACCUAGCACGUCUAGUACACCUAGCACUCCCUCAGCAAAUCCGGGCUCUACUGCGACUGCAGACAGUUGUUCCGAAGAAGGAUUCUUCGCCAAUCCUAAAAAUUGUCGUAAAUUUUAUCGCUGUGUUGGUAGUGACUCAACAUUUAUCAAAUACGAUUUCGAAUGUGGUGCCGGAACGGUCUGGGAUUCCACUAUACAAAGCUGCAAUCAUGAAUCUGCAGUACCAAAUUGUCGGGAUAAUUCUAACGCACCCGGUUCAACAGAUUCUAAGGAACCAUCGAGUAAUGAAGUUGAUAGCACUACUAGUCAACCAGAUGUUACAGAAUCAAACACUGACUCGUCCACUACAAAUAGACCCGCAUCUACCGCCCAAACGACAACCACGAGCAGUUCGUUUCCUGGAACACCGCAGUGCCCGGGAGAAGGAUUUUUCUCGAAUCCGAACGACUGUACGAAAUUCUAUCGUUGCGUAAAUAAUGGAAAAGGACUGCAAAGAUACGACUUUGAGUGCGCAGCUGGUACAGGAUGGGAUCAGUCUUUAGAGACUUGCAAUUAUAUCAGUCAGGUGGCAUCCUGUUCGACGGAUAAUAACGAAAUCGACAAUGGACCUGAUGGUAGUACGCCCCCACCUUCAACAGCCACCAGCUCUUCGCCAAGCGUUACUACUACCACUGCAACGAGUAGUACACAAUCGACCGAAAGUUCGGAAACUUCGCCAACAACAGACGCAACCUCAAGCUCGUCGAGAAAACCAUCAGAAAUACAAGAACCUGGAUCCUCGAGUACCGAAAGCUCAUCUUCUGAGUCUACAACCUCGGAAUCAAGUACGCCAGCAUCCUCCAGCGAACCCGGCGUUGCGGAUUGUACCACAAAGAAACCCAAUAACACGAUAGUUUGUACCAAAGAAGGUUUCUAUCCGCAUCCAACGCAAUGCGAGAAAUUUUACCGUUGCGUCGACAAUGGAAACGGGUUCAAUGUAUACAACUUUGAUUGCGCGCCUGGAACCAUAUUCGAUCCCAGUAUCAGCGUCUGUAACUAUCCCGAGUCCGUUUAUCCUGCCAGAGAUUGUAUGACGCCUACGUCCACUCCUAGCAGCUCGACCGACGAUUUUACAGAGUCUACGACGGAGUCAACGUCGACUACUACUGAAAGCAGCAUGGAGUCCACCACCGAGUCCAGAGACACCGAAGGAACCACCGAGUCUACGACGUCUACGGCAGCGUCUACGGAAGAUACAUCUACGACGAUCCUAACUACGGAGUCUACGUCCGAAAUGGUUACAGAAUCUACGACAGAGUCGACUACCGAAUCUACGUCUGAGGCGACUACAGAGUCUACGUCUGAAGCAACAACCGAAUCUACGUCUGAGGCGACUACAGAGUCUACGUCUGAAGCGACUACGGCGACUACAGAAUCUACGACCGAGGCGACUACAGAAUCUACAUCCGAGGCGACUACAGAAUCUACGUCCGAGGCGACUACAGAAUCUACGACUGAAGCAACUACAGAAUCUACAACUGAAGCGACUACAGAAUCUACGACCGAAUCCACGUCUGAAUCAACCACAGGUUCUACUUCUACAGAAUCUACGUCCGAGGCAACGACUGAAAGCAGUACAGAGUCUAGUUCAGAACAGACUACCGAAUCGACGGAAACGAUUGCUUCCGCAAGUACCACCGAAACAGCCACGACAAUGACCGCAGAAACGUCGACUUCCAGCGCAGAAAUUUCGACACCUUGCCCAAUCGGAAACCUAACCGACGAGCAAUUGGUAUUGGUCUGUCCCACUGGUUUCCGUAGGCACCCGAAGUACUGCAACCUGUUGUAUCAAUGCGUCAACGAAGGUAACAUGGAGAUCAAGAUACUCGUGUUGAGUUGUCCGGAAGGUACUGUCUUCGACGAUCAGAAGACACAAUGUUUACCAGAGAACAAGACCAGCCAGACUUGCAUGGGUGACAAAGCUGUUGGAAGAUUUUAUAGAACGUUAGAGGAGAGUCCUGUAUCUCCGAUUAAAGUAUCGACCGAGAAGCUUUGUCCAGGAGAGGGACAUUAUCCUUACAGACAAGGCUGCAGCAAUGCGUUCUACAAGUGUAAACGUAACUCCAGGAACAGCCUCGAAGGCUAUUUGUACAAGUGUCCGCAGAACUUCUUGUACUGGUCAGUUUCAAGGAGGUGCGAACGAGCGACGCGUCUACCGAUGUGCACGCACCUAACGUACAGAACAAACAACUUCUGGGACAAUCGGUGGCAGAUACCUGUCGAAGAUUACAAUCUCUCCGCCAGGAGUCUCCACCUCUUUUAAUCGUUAAAUCGUACUUUGUUUUCGAAUCGCUAGAAACAGUUCCAAAAGUUUGAAAGGACAGUGCAACUCUCAGGUCAAUUUCCGAUACUUGUUUUAUUAUAAUAAAAUUCGGAGAUAGUAGGGGCACGAGGGAGAGAAACGAACGAAUUACAGUAAUUCUCAGUUAACGAAAUCAUUUUCUCUGCUGCUUGCAAGAAAAAUCUAACUUUCUCGCUUAUGCGACACCGGGAGAAUUCGAUUCGGUUUCGUGUAACCGGCGAUUACUGUACUUAAUCGUUAGAACGUAGACAAAUUUAUUUGCAACACGACUGCCAAAGAUCCCACAAAAUGAAAAGGAUUGUACAGAUCUUCGGCAGUUGUCUUGUUACGAUUUCCAAUCGAUUGAAACGGUGAUAAUGGUUACGAGCCGAUUAGUUAGCCUUGAUCGUUGGUUGAUAACUGAUCGAUGAAUUGAAUGAAAAUCGCUGGAGAACCAUGUAUCACGAACGUUGGGGAUUUUGGUUGCGGGACUCGUAUGCAAUAUGCAACUGUAUUCAGUAAUUUAUGUAUGCAUUUAUUCAGCUGGCCAUUCUUGGCGUCUACGUGUUCAUAUUCUUUUUUGUUUUUUUUUUGUUUUUGUUUUAACGGGUUCCCUUUCGAAAUAUUUUAUAGAAUUUGGUAAAUGCAAAGCGAUCUUACACGCGGAUUAAAAAAUAACAAGCACAUAUACCGAUUGAAAAUUCUAAAUACGUUGAAACGUUGAGAAGGUAUUCAAAAGCACGAUAUCAAUUGUAUUAAAUUUGUUAUGCCCAAAGUUUGCGUUAGAAGAGAACAUAUUCACAGCCUCAGCACCACAUUCUGAAUACAGUACAAAGUAUCAGUAGCCUCGGGAAGAUAAUGUACAUAAUUUCAGUUUAAUGAUACUAUUAAAUGCUUCUUUUAUGCAAAGACGAUACCAACUUUCUUUACUAUUGUUUUACAAUUUUGCAAUUAUAAAAGGACGUCGGUGCUAAGGUAAUUUUUUAAAUAAAAGACAGCUCUACGUUCAAAACGUUUUGCACGACUUAGAAUAAGC